UGGAUGCGGUUUAAAUAUGAAUGUAUUGCAUGCGCAAUGAGCUUCUCAGCUUGGGAGGAGGUAAAAGUUUAUCUUUGCUUUUGAAGAAGGUUGGGUAUUUGCCAGCUGUUUUUUUUUCCGCAAACCGCCUUUACUCAGCUCGGUUAAGCAUCUCCGAUCUCAUAGUCAGCAGAAGUGCAAGGGAAAGAAAGCGCAGGGCUGAGAACAAACGCAUGCGUAUUUACGCACAGAAUACCGCACUUGGCUUGGCCAUCCAUUCCACUACGCUGCUUAUGAGAGAAACUUCAGCUGUCGGAAUCGCUCUUUUUACUGUUCCUCUACAAUGAAAACAUUAAGCAGUUUUCUCCUCGUGUGGUUGUGCACUCUGGUGCAGGAAUGGACAUUAUCCAACGGUGAAGAAGAAAACUCUUCUCCAGCAAAUAGUAUGAAUCCUUGUUGCUACUACCCAUGUCAAAACCGGGGAAUCUGUGUGCGAUAUGAACUAGACCAAUACCAAUGUGACUGCACCAGAACUGGGUACUAUGGGAAAAAUUGCACUACCCCUGAGCUCUUGUCCAGGGUCAUUGAGCUCUUGAGGCCAAAUCCUGAUGUCAUCCAUUACAUCCUGACCCAUUUUUACUGGCUAUGGAGCUUCAUCAAUAAAACCUUCUUGAGAGAUUGGAUCAUGUAUAAAGUCCUCACAGUGCGAUCCGACCUGAUUCCCAGCCCUCCUACUUAUAACUCAAAGUAUGGCUACCUGAACUGGGAAUCCUAUUAUAAUAGCACUUAUUACACCCGACUUCUACCUCCAGUGCCGCUUGACUGUCCAACACCUAUGGGUACCAAAGGAAAAAAGGAGCUUCCUGAUCCCAAACAUUUGGUAGAGAAAUUCCUUGUGAGGCGAGAAUUUAGGCCAGACCCCCAGGGUACAAAUUUAAUGUUUGGCUUUUUUGCUCAGCAUUUCACUCACCAGUUCUUCAAAACCCACAAUCGGAUGGGGCUUGGUUUUACCAAAGGUCUAGGUCAUGGGGUAGAUGCUGGCCAUGUCUAUGGAGAUAACCUUGAACGGCAGCUGAGUCUCAGACUUCACAAAGAUGGGAAGCUAAAGUACCAGAUGAUAAAUGGGGAGAUGUACCCACCUACAGUGGCAGAAACCAACGUGAACAUGCAUUACCCUCCAUCCGUUCCACCCGAAAAUCAAAUGGCUAUUGGUCAGGAGGUGUUUGGCCUCUUGCCAGGAUUGAGCAUGUAUGCCACCCUGUGGCUACGUGAACACAACCGUGUGUGUGACAUCUUAAAGAAAGAGCAUCCCACCUGGGGAGAUGAGCAACUAUUUCAGACCACCAGACUUAUUAUUAUAGGUGAAACGAUCCGGAUAGUGAUUGAGGAUUAUGUACAGCACCUAAGUGGCUACCAACUAAAGCUGAAGUUUGAUCCAACCCUGCUCUUUAAGUCCCAGUUCCAGUACCAGAACCGCAUUGCCGUUGAGUUUAACCAUCUUUACCAUUGGCAUCCAUUAAUGCCCAACAGCUUCUUUAUUGAUGGAAGAGAGAUUCCCUAUUCUGAGUUCAUGUUCAACACCUCCUUACUGACUCACUAUGGAGUGGAGAAACUGGUUCAGGCUUUCUCAGUUCAGCCAGCAGGACAGAUUGGAGGUGGUCAUAAUUUACCACAGAUUGUGGCCAGAGUAGCUGAAGGAGUCAUUAAAGAAUCUCGGGAACUUCGGCUACAGCCAUUCAAUGAGUACCGCAAAAGAUUUAACCUAAAGCCAUACAAAUCAUUCUACGAAUUUAUAGCUGAUAAGGAGACCGCCCGUAAGUUGGAAGAGCUCUAUGGAGAUGUAGAUGCGAUGGAGUUCUAUGUGGGUUUGAUGCUUGAGAAGACAAGGCCUGGCACCAUAUUUGGACAGAGCAUGGUAGAAAUGGGGGCUCCAUUUUCCCUAAAAGGUCUUUUGGGAAACCCUAUAUGUUCCCCCGAGUACUGGAAGCCCAGCACGUUUGGCGGUCAGACUGGCUUCAACAUUGUCAACUCUGCAACUCUGCAAAGACUGGUUUGUCUCAAUACUAAGUGGUGUCCAUAUGUAUCCUUUCAUGUACCACCACCAGGUUAUCAGCAGGACAAAUCAGGAGACUCUCAUGCUGAAUUGUAGAAAGAAUAGUGAUGUAAUAGUAUUAGAGAUGUGAGAACCAGGCUGUCUGGGAUGCUGCGCCAAUAAAAUGUGUUUACAUAGUCGGCUGACAUAAUACAUUAUUGUAUUAUAUUAUGUGACAAUUAUAUUUAACUACUGGAUGGAUAUUUCUAUAAAUCCUUCACUGGGAUAAAUAUCUUGAUAUGAAUAUGAUACAUAUUAAAUGCAUAUUUUAGAAACUUUAUUGAAUCAGGAUGUGUUUUAUAAGUUUUAUAGCCCCAGGGAUCUUUAGAGUGACUUUUAAUUAGGUUAAUGUUAGUGAGACACAAAUAAGUAAUAUGAUUAUUCUCAAAGUCAUUGUUCCUGAAUGACCUUGUGAAUUAAAUGAAACUACACACCCAAGUGAAUAAAAUUCAUCUAUUUAGCAAAAGCUAAAAUGUUACAAUAAUUUUUCUGUACUCCCUGGGACAUAAAUGAUUUUUUCACUGCAUAAUUAUACAAAGGAAAACAAGUCAGUGAUAAAUGUUUACAGGCACAAUGUAAUGACAUUAUAUUGUAAUGACACAUGGCCGUAAAAGAGCAUGCUCUUGGGACCAACACUCUUAAUGCUCUAGCACAGUACAAUCAUUGUCAGGUGCUAAAAUUACAUUAUUCUUGUUUUUCUUUAAAGUGGUUUUCUGAUUGUGUCAUACACUUAAAUAGGUGUACUUCUGCUCAUACUUGCAGCGAUCCAGUAGAGUAUGUCAAUGUGGCAGCAAUAGAUAACAUCAUGCAGACAGGUUACAACAGUUGGGCUUCACUAAUGGCAGCCAAGAACAGGAAUCUGAAGCAGCCCAAACGAAACCCUAAGUUUUAUUUGUUUGUGCCAAAUGUAGUCUCAUUUUCUUGUUCUUGGCUAGACGGAGGGAAACCCAAUAUGGCUGUAGCAAAUCUUCCCCAAUGUUUGAUUUAUUGUGCGUAUCUGUUCAGCAAAGUGAAUUUUUGUUAUGUCAAAAAUGUUGUCAAUUCGGUCUCUCCUGACCUAGCACCAUCAACAACAUCUCCAUUGGCCAGAAUGACCUCUUGAGCUGUAUCUACAUGAUUUUAUCCAUUGUGCUGCUGCCACAUGAUUAGCUGAAUAGAUAAUUCAAUGAAUGAGAAGGUGUAGUGUAUAUAUGUAUAACAAGGCUUUUUUUUCUUGGUAAAGGUCCAGACUUUACUCAGUUGCAGGAGGCUUGAGAAUAUUUUGGUCUGAGAAAAGUGAUAAAGCAAUUAGUCUUGAACAGCUUUCACACAGGCAUUAUUCAAAUAUGAAUUAUGGCAUUAUUCAUUAUUCAAUAUGUUGACAAGGAGAGUUUUGGAUCCAUGCCUAGUAUUGGCAAAUGACAUUAGUUAAAUGUUUUGUCAUUAAAAACAUUAGAUUUGUAUCAGUAAUUUCUUUAACCUAAUCAUUUGUGCCCAGUUAUGCACUAAAGCACUGUGUCAAUGUUUUAAGAAGUUCGAUAUUGAAAGGUGUUUUUUUUUUGACAUAGCAUAUGGUCUAAUAAUAUUUAAUAAGAAGUGAUAAUUUUGUCAAAACUCCUUAAUUUUUAAACUGCUGCAUUUGUGAAUAAAAACAAGGAUCUACUUGUGUUUUUUUUUUAUCUGAAAAAAGGAAUUUGAAGAGGAUGUAACAUUAUAUUUUCAUUUGUUGUUUUUAUUUUGUUUUGUUUUUUUCAAUUGCUAAUUUUUAAAAAAAAGGCUUUUCCUGAAAUAAAUGGAUUAAU